AUGGCCUCGAGCGACGAGAAGAAGGUCGAGUGGCAAUCUGAACACAUCGAGCAGUACGACAGACGGAACGAGAGUCGCGGCAAUAUUCAGAAUGCCGCAGUCGAUGAAGCGCUGAAGACCUUCGGCGACGAGCGCAUUGAGGUGACCGAGGAGGAUAACAAGCGCAUCUUGCGUAGGACCGAUAUCCACGUCCUCACGAUUCUAUCCUGGGUCUACUGGCUCCAGAUUCUCGACAAAAGUAUCUUGGGCUACUCUGCGACGUUCGGCCUCAAGACGGAUGCGCACCUCACUGGCUCUCAAUACUCCGUCGUCGGGUCCCUCAGUGCCGUCGCUCAGCUAUGCUGGAUGCCCGUAUCCAGCUACCUCAUCGUCCGUUGCAAGCCGCGAUGGUUCAUGACUCUCCUUGUUUUCUGCUGGGGCGCUGCCUGCUGCGGCAUGGGCGCGAGCCACACCUACCCUGCCCUCGCGGCCACUCGCUUCCUUCUUGGUCUUUUCGAAGCGGCAUGCCUUCCUUUGUUUGCCGUCUUGACCUCCAUUUGGUAUCGUCGUGCCGAGCAACCUCUCCGCGUCUGCGUUUGGUAUGGUACAAACGGCAUGGGCACGAUCAUGGGCGCGAUCUUCGCCUAUGGCUUCGGCCACGUCCACAGCAGCACGCUUUACACAUACCAGAUGAUCUUCAUUUUCUGUGGGCUGCUCACCGUCCUCACCGCGCCCGUGGUCUACUGGAAGAUCGACAACAGCGUCAGCGACGCACGCUUCCUGACCCCCGAGGACCGGCACAAGGCCGUCGAGCGCCUGCGCGCGAACAAUACGGGUACGGCGGCGAACAACGAGUUCAAGUGGGGGCAGGUUUUUGAGGCGCUGCUCGAGCCGAAGUCGUGGCUGUUCUUUUGUAUGACGCUUUGUGUGAACGUCGGCGCCUCCGUCGUCAACGUGUUCGGCCCGCUCAUCCUCGGCGGCAUCGGAUUCGACAAGUACAGGACGACGUUACUCAACCUGCCCCUUGGCGCGAUCCAGAUCAUCGUCAUCGUCUUCUCCUCGUAUGCUGCAUAUCAGUGGAGGUACAAGGGCCCCGUGCUCGUAGGGCUCAGUCUUGUUGUGCUUCUUGGGCUUAUUUUGCUCUACGUCAUCGAAGAGUCCAACACCGGCGUCCGCCUCUUCGCCUACUACCUCCUCGCCUUCCUCUUCGGCAUCAACCCCCUGAUCGUGUCCUGGAUCGCUGCGAACACGGCGGGGUCGACGAAGAAGAGCGUCGUGCUCGCGAUGUUCAACAUGGCCGUGGGCGCGGGGAACAUCAUCGGGCCGUACCUGUUCACGGAGAGCGACGCGCCGUCGUACCAUAAGGGCUUCAAGGCGUGUAUGGGCAUCUUUGCGGCGUUGGUGGCGUUGACGAUCGCGCAGAUCUUCAACAUGAUCGCGCUCAAUAAGCUCAAGGCCCGCGAGCGCGUGAAGAACGGCAAGCCCGCGAACAUCCGCGACCUGUCCAUGGAGAAGAAGUACACCGCGCACGUCGAGGAGGUCAAGGACGAUAGCAAGCUUGAGGCGUCGACCACUGGCGCGGCGCUCGGCGAGAACGCGUUCCUGGACUUGACGGAUAAGCAGAACGACGAGCUCUGCGAGGAGCAAGUGCGCGACUCGUCGCCGAAGCGGCACUCUAUAUCUCAUGGGGACACGCCUGGACUGGAGGCCUUCCUCUGGUUCUUCUGGUCUCAGCUCUUGCAAGCUGUCGAGCACUCGGACUCGGAUGCCUUCCACACGCGCGUCCUCGACGUCAUGACUAGUCUGAAGGCGCACGAAAGUCCGAAGGACUGCCUAUUUGGCCCGAAUGUUCGGGAAAGUCUAAAUGGCCCCACCGUCCUCGUCUCCGGGAAGCACGUACCCACAGCCGAGUGGACGGCCGAGGAGCGCGAGCUGCUCGCUGCGGCCGAAGCACCUCACAGCGCAGACGAGCGCGCGCAGGCCUUCGUCACCGCAGGCAGACGCUACGUCUCGCUGCACAAGUUCCUCGCGCGCGCCUGGGCCGCUGAUACCUAUGACGGCACUGAGCACGCACUUUGGGUCAUGCGCGACGCGUUCGAGUACGAGCCAACCAGCGAGCACUACCACAAGAUGCCGCGCGCGCUCGCGGUGGAGGCCGCCGCGCCGUGGGCCACGUAUGCUGCGCGGCGCAUGCAUAAGUGCAGGGAGAUAUUAGGACCGAAGGGGAGGGAGGACUGGGAGGAGAGACUUGGCGCGCCGGGACGCAGAGGGGAGAAGUGGGACGGAGUGGAUGGGUACGAUGCAGCACGGUGGAAGCUAUGGAAGGAUGGGUUUGCGGAGUUCUUGAGAGAGGAAAGGAGUCAGAAGCUGCAGCAUGUGAGGCGGUCGGUGGAGGCGGCCCUGAUAGCGAUGGACAACGCGGAGAGGGAUUCAUGA